GCCGUGUGGAGUAUCCGCCGCCGGGAAAUUUUUUUUCCAAGAAAUUGUUGAGCCAGUCAAAGAUGAAGAUCGAUAGAACAGCUAUUAGCUGUCCAGAUUAUGUCCAUUCGUCAUCUACAAUAAAGUACAAGCCGAAACAAUGGCGUCAGAUAAAUCAGAAAAGAAACGAAAGAGAGACUCCGACAGGCACGAUCGGCCUAGCAAAAAGCCUGCUCUUGCUCCGCAAAACCUACCUCUACUGACCGCAAGUGUACUUGGAGAUAAUAGUGAACUCGCUCCAGUGCUAGUUCAUACUCCUGGUGUGCAAUUUCCAAGGAAAGUCCAGGGUUUCAAACCAUACUUCAAAGCUCGCAACGUAAUCGAAUUGUCGACUCCAUCGAAUCGGAACCAGGGAAUUGGAUCGAACGAACUGCUCCUACAGUCAUCCGAACACCCAAAACUUGACUUUGUCGGUCGCGAGGCUGACGACGAUGUUGACUCGAUGCUAAAUCAUUACAUCGCCAUUGUCGAUCCCGAGAAGAAAACAUGGCAGUUUGUUGAGGUGAGGAAGAUGACGCUGCGCAGUAUCGUGAGGAGUAGCAAGCGGAAUGGCGAACUUGAAGAGGACGAGGAGAUUGGCGCCGACGCUGAUGGGACAACUACCUCAUAUCGCGCCCAAAGGGACGCUCUCACAGCAGCUUUCGGAACAAAAGCAUCUCGCAAAGCCGCACAAUCCCUGGCAGAGAACAGCAUGCUGGCUCCUGCAGGCGCCAGCAAUGUUGCCGAAUCCGCCAUCUUGUCGUCGAUGCCCUCAGAAGCUAUUGCAUCAGCGACCACCAAGGACGCCGACAUGCAAGCCCAGAUCCAAGCCAACAAACCCAUCCCCGCCGCAAACCUAGCUGCCUCGCACCCAUCCGACGUCUACACCAUCGACGCGCUUGUCCCCGGCGGCUUGUCGACAUUGCACCAACUCCCCGUUCAAGAAUGGCAGGAGGAAGUGGAGGCUGGAAAUGCCGUCACGAGUACCUCGCGCUACGUGGCACAUCGUAUUGAUGCCGUCGUGCACUCCGCAAAUACCACACACCUCCAACUUCUCCGCUUCAUUCUCGUCCUUCUCGAGCUAGGCCGAUGUCUCAAACAGGGGAAGAAAACCGACCCUCACGGCAGCAAACGCCUCCCGCUGCGCCAGGACCUGAAAAGGUUGCUCUCUGGGGGCACAUCGGCAGAGGCCCAGCUGCCUGAUCCGGUCAUUGAAGCAGUUCGCCGUAAAUUCGCGCCUCAGGGCUUCAUGUCUAGCACGGAGGUGACGUUACUGCACACAACCAUCUGUGCCUUGUCACUGCUUAUCCCUCCCGUUCCCAUGAAGGACAGCGUAUUUGGUGGUAAUGCGGCGAAUGAGCUUGCUACUGAUCCGGCGGACCUGCGUGACGACCUUCGUCUUGAUAAUACUGGUAUUACGCAGUAUUUCCGUGAAUUGGGAUGUCGUAUAGAUAAGCCGCGUGAGAAGGAGUAUGAGAAAUGGGGUGUCAAGACCAAGACCGAGGCCGCGAUUAAGCGUAUCUGCAGAUUGCGAAUUCCACUUGAAUUCCCGAGGAUGUCUAGAGGGAAAGCGUCGAGGAGAUAAGUUGAUGGGUUGGUGGGUUGGUGACUUGGGUAAAUAGAUAAAGAUGAUGCAUUUUCUUCGCUUGACAAAGUUUGAGCUGUCAUACUAAAACGAUUAUGAUAUACAAAUCGCAAAUUUAUGCUCAGUCUUAAAAUCCUAU